UUAUUAUUAUUAUUAUUAUUAGUCGUCGUAGUCGUCGUAGUCGUCGUCGUCCUCGUCGUAGCAGUAGCAGUAGCAGCCGCAGCAACAGCAGCAGCAGCAGCGGCAGCGGCAGCGGCAGUGGCAGUGGCAGUGGCAGUGGCAGUGGCAGUGGCAGUGGCAGUGGCAGUGGCAGUGGUAGUGGUAGUGGUAGUGGUAGUGGUAGUGGUAGUAGUAGUAGUAGUAAUAGUAGUAGUAGUAGUAGAGUAGCAGCAGUAGUAGUGGUAGUAGUAAAGAAGACUGACCCUGAAAGCCGGCGGCGGUAGCAGUAGCAGCAGCAGCAGCAGCAGCGGCAGCGGCAGUGGUAGUGGUAGUGUUAGUGGUAGUGGUAGUAGUGGUAGUGGUAGUGGUAGUGGUAGUGGUAGUAGUAGUAGUAGUAGUAGUAGUAGUAGUAGUAGUAGUAGUAGUAGUAGCAGUAGUAGUAGUAGUAGUAGUAGUAGUAGUAGUAGAGUAG